UUUUUUCGAUUAUAAUUUUUUGCCUAUUACCUUUGAUCCUAACUCUUUCUCUCUCGGCGCUCAAAAAAAAAAAAAAAAAAAACUCUCUCUCUCCCCUCCAAACUCCCGCCGCUGCGCCCCCAAACCAAGGAAUCACUCAUCCUUACCCAAGCCCCAACCCCCGCCGUCCUGCGUCAUUCACAUCCACUGUCUCCACCCUCGCUUGUCGCACCGCAACCGGAGUCCCCACAGUCGCAGCUCUGUGCCGGCGCCACUAUUGGCAAUUAGAAUGCCACGAAAACCAAAAAAAUGUAACCACUCUUUGAGACAUCGACUACUUACCUUUUCUCCAUUUGCACGGUCGAAAGCUAUGGCUACUCGGAGUUGGAGGACCACAAAAGAGGUUGAGAAGCCCAAGCUACAAAAUAAAGAUUUAGCAUCCUCUUCUUUUAAUGGAUUAAAAAACAAUGGCAAAGAUAAAACCCGGCAGUCUGACUCUUCUGAUGAUGAAGAAUUUGAGGGAGAUGUUCAAGCAGAUUUUGUCUUCUUUGAUCCAAAACCUAGUGACUUCCAUGGGGUGAAGGUCCUCCUGCAGACUUACCUUGACAAUUUACAGUGGGAUUUGAGUGGCUUCGUUGACUUAAUAUUGGGUCAGCCAACUGUUGGGACUGUAGUCAAGAUUGAGAAUGAUGAAGAUGAUGGAGUAUAUUCUGUUGUUUCUGCUCUUAAUUUGGGGAUAUAUAAGGAUAGCAAAUGUGUGCUUGACCUCAAGGAUUACCUGCUUAAAGUGUGCCAGGAUAUGGAUGUGUUGAGUAAACUCAAGUCUUUAGUUGGAGAGCAUGUUCGAGAUGUUGGUCUUUUAGUAUCACAGCGUGUUGUAAAUCUCCCACCUCAGCUUUUGCCUCCGCUUUAUGAUGCCCUCUUUGAUGAAGUGGAGUGGGCUACAGAAGAUGAGCCUACCGAAGAGCUCCGAAGUUCCUUCCGCUUCAAAUUUUAUCUAAUAAUUAGCAAAAUUUACAAGCACAAAAACGCAGACCAGAAUAGGGGGACUGUUAAAAACGGAGAAGAAACUGUGAUUUACAACAGACCUGAAGAUGAAAUUUUCUUUGAGCUUAGCUUGUGGUCCUUCAGUUUUCCCUUGCAUGCACAGCAAGUGACAGCAAAUGAGCUAAAAAAUUAUCGGCCGAUGGGUUUAGUAAUGGCUGUUGAAGCUAGUAAGAUAUCAAGCUUCAGGAAACAGUUGCAUUCGUUGAUAGAUGAAUGAUAUCAUGAGAGGUUUCAGCAGCCUGAGGAUCCAUCUUGAGUUGUUUGGCUGCUUUGCUUUUACUCGGAGUGGAUAUGAAUAGUUGCACGAUGUUUUACAUGUCAAUUCCGCAAAGAUAGAUGCACCCCAAGAACUGGCAGAUCUCUAACAAGUCAUAUGGUAUAAACUGGAUCAUAUACUCGAAAUGUGCUUGAUUAUUUUUGACCGAUUCCUUAGAUUGGCAACUUAGCGGGAAAAUUUUGUUAGUCAGAUGUGUCCAUCCUGUUUUGGUUGUGUAAUUCCAGUGCAUUUUUAGCUGCAAAUCUCUUUGAGAAAUUCUGCGAAUUGUGCUGCUCUUUGUCACUGUAAAACUGCGCUCUUUCUCACACCAAUAUGGUUUGGCUUUAUUCAUGUUCAAAUUUCAUAAUUCAUAUUGGUUUUACCAAAUAUUUAGUCA